AGAGUUGUAAAAUUCUUAUGGGCUGCCUGCAGAUUGGAGAAGAAACAAAAACAACACAACUCUGAUUUCUUUAAUUCUUGUCUCUCUGAUUUACUCGACUGAUCUCCGAGAUUAAACCAAAUUUCUGAGAACCACUAUUGACGAAUUGAAUCUCUCAGCUGUGAAAAUGAAGAAGUAUGGAUGGGAUAUGUUAUCAAUUCUGGUUGUCGUAUCUCAGCUAUCCUCUGUCUUGGCUUUGGAAGCGACAGGGACUGCAUUCAUGUGGUCUCCUCAUAUUGAUACAGAACUGGACAUAAAGGUGAAUUAUCAAACACUCUCUUCAAGAGAUUUAGCAAGGUCUGUUAUGUCCACAGGCAGUUGGUCAAACAUACUGUGUGGUGGUAAGCAAUCUCAUCAACCGGUGGACUUUGUUGUUGUAUUUGUUGGUAAAGAGUUGCAAUCAUCAAGUAUAACCAGAAAUAAUGGGGAAGAUUCUUCUCUUGUAGAAUUGCUCAAGGAUUCCUUCACAAAGUCCAAUUUCUCAAUGGCAUAUCCAUAUUUGGCAACAAGGGCAAAAGAAGAGACCGUGGAAAAUUCUUUGAUAGAAGAAUUUGAAGAAACUUGUGGCCAUAAAUUGGAAGUUGGCAAUAUUGUUGUUACUGAAUCUUGCUUGAUUGAGAACAAAGGAUAUGCAAAACUUGCAGACAUGCACUCUGUUGAGGAGUAUGUGGCUUCAAGAAUGGACGGGGAUGUGAAGGAACAAACAGAUCUGCUUGUUGUUUGCCGUGGAGGUUUCAGUUCUUUGGCAAAAUUUGAUCGGCUGCAAUCUGAAGGUGAAUAUUUGUCGGAGUUGAUUACUUCAUUGGAUCACUCUGGAGCAAAGUACACUGUUCUUUAUGUUUCUGAUCCAUAUAACUCCAUGCCUUACAGCCCUCAAAUAGGAAGGUUGCUUGCCGAAAAUGCGUCUGGAAAUGCUUCCUUGAACUCUACUGCUUUCUGCGAUGGAGUUUGCCAAGUUAAGAAGACCCUUCUUGAGGCAAUUUUUGUUGCCAUAGUCUUGCUUAUCAUAUUAAUCUCUGGACUUUGCUGUAUGAUGGGCAUUGAUACUCCUACAAGGUUUGAGGUUCCUCAAGAGUCUUGAUAACACAUUUGCACGAACGACUCGUUUUACAGCAUAGCAGCGUUCUUUCUAGGAUUGUUGAUUCCCAGAGUGUUCGAAGAUCGUCAAAAAAGGAAAUUCAGCAGGUGCAGGUUUUUUGUGAAUCAUUGCAUCUAUGGCCAGAGGGAGAGAUGGCCCUUGUAAAAUAUAUUCAUCUUAUUGUUUGCAUAUUGCUUGCAUUUACUGUACAAUCAUGUAUUUUUAAAAUAUGUUGAUAUACUCAGCUUUAAUGAAGCUUCUAGCAUAAAAUCGAGUCUUGUCUCAGUUGAAGCUAAUACUUUUUUUCCUAGGUAAGUGUUUCGUUUGAAUUCUCAUUUAAUCCUCACCUUCCCUUAGCCUACCUUGUGAUCACAAAUAAA